AUGGGCCAAGCGGGUAGCCAGCCGGUCGCGGAAAUUCCGCGCCGCGCACAUACCCUGCCGCAUGAGCCACUCAGACAUGCACCCAAGGUGCUGCCAGCGCUAGCAGAGUCGCCGCGGCUGCGCAUCACAGACAAUGGUGCUAUACUUCACUCUGGAGGCACCAUCAGCGGCCGUCGACCCUCUUCCAUGGUUCCCGAAGUGACAAGGACUUCACAUGGACAUGUGCAUUCCAAUGUCUAUCGGUCGCGUUCAGCUGGCGGAGCAGAAUGCGAGCAAAGAUUUGAACGUGACCAUCUACAUCGGUCACACACCAAUCUUGACAUGAGGCCAAGUGACUCAAGCAGUUUGAACAAACGGUUUGGAUCAGAACCAGACCUUCGGAUCGAGGAAGACCAAAAACCACGUAGUAACAAACACUUUCGGAAGAAAUACAGAGCUCCCCAACCACCAGCUAACCAUCGCCGAGAAGGCUCGUCACCAGACUCAACCGAAAGACAUUCAAAAGCUGAACCACAAAAGAAACUACGGCUGUUCAGAACGAGAAAUGAAACUAAAAAGCUAAACCCAUUGAAGUUAGAAACGCAACCGGCAUAUAGAAGUACAUAUACAGACUUCAAGUCCCUGGAUUUCAACGACGCGUCUUUCGAAAGACGCUAUAGAUCCCCGUGCAAAGACAAAGACCAUUUGAAAUACCCAGACAACGUAGAUAUGCUACAAAGCACAACUUCUUUGAAGAGAGAAGAAAGAUUGUUGCAAGGAAGACAAGAUCAUCGAAAUAAAACAGAUCGAAUGAGUGGAUGCAGAGCUAAAACAACAAAAACUAAUGAAACCGAUGAAGUUUGGAAAACACCGCUCCUUAACAGGAAUUUCAGGCACUCUGAAAGAUUCAGCAAAGCCCUCGAAAUACCACCGCUUCGAAGAGAAAAAACAUUCGAUAACACACUCAAAAUCAGUGAAAAUGAAUCUCCAAAAACUACUCACGAAAGUAGGAUGAAAUCAAUCGGAGAACAAAUCAAAACAAUAGAGCCUUUGAGAAAAUCUCUUCCUUCAUUACUGAGCAAAAGUAAUGACGAAAAAGAUGAAUUUCAAACUGAACUCAAAAAGGCGACGAAUAGAAUAAGGAACGAAUUAGUUAAUAAAAAUAAUAUAAGUACCAAAACUAGUCAGAAUGAUAGAACGAAAACCCCAACGAAACCACAAGUCAAAGAGUCUAGUCUUAGCACAAAAGAUUCGAAACCAUUGAAUAAUGUUAGACGACCACUAGGUCGGAUUAAUGAGAUUAAAACUAAAGCAGCUCACGAUAAAGUGGAAGCGAAGAAAUUUAAGAGCGAUGUAAAAGAAAACGUUAAAUUACCAGAUAGAGGACAAGCUUCAGGGAAAGAGUCCACUCCUGAACAUUCGCCUAUCAGAAGGAAAGGACUUCAGACGAAAGAUAAACAAAAGGCACCAUCGAAACAAUUUUACUUCGGAAUGUUAGAGACGCCACUAACCGAAACACAAGACAAUCUUAAAGACUUCCCUGGUCUCGGAACUCCUAUAAUUGAGGAGCUUAGCAAUUUCCAUUUAAUUGAAAAGAAGCUACUGGGAUACCACGAAGAAGAUGAAUUGGAGAAGUUCAAUAAAAAAUUCAGGAAAAGCUGCAAGAAAAAUCUAUCGUCGGAAUCGGCGCUUUCAUCGGAUGAAGGAUCUGAUGGGUCUAUGGGAAUCGCGGUUAGGUUGCGGCCUACUUUACCCAGGAGGGUAUUGAGUCCACCUCGCUUCUCACCAACGUCUGCGUGGAGACAACUUGCUACGUUGGAUGCUCAUCUUGCUGAAAUUAAACCACUAGCAGUUGAGACAAAGAUGUCUUCGGAUAUAUCUGGUGAAUCUUCUCCACGAUCAGAUCAGUCCGGGGAUAAGUCCGGAGAUUCAGGGAUAUCUGGGGACCACGUGCAUAGUGAUCACAGGAUCGAGUCGCCUUUAAGACAUAACGCUCAACCAGAAACCGCAAUGCCGGAAACUUGGACGCCGCAACAGGACUUAGGGGACAGUAGCUCUGAGGGCGCUGGUGGAGCUCUGCAUCAUGCGCCCGUGGCCACCUUCUCUCCAGGACAGCCAUUCAGCCUCUCACUGCCAAGAGAGAAUGAAAAAGGAAAGCCGCUACAGCAGGGCUUCAACAGUCUUCAGAAAUUUAGGAAAUCUGUGUCAGGUGCACUUGGGGCAGCUCUGGGCUCCAGAAAAUUCGAUCUGGAACAUGAAGCAAUGUUGACGGAACCAGAGCAAAAUUGGUUUUUGAGCAAAUCGGCACCGAAUUCGUUGAGUAACCCAAUGCUUUUGCAGCCGUUGAGGGUGAAAAGUGAAGAGAUUAAAGAAGAGUCGAUGAUUAAGGAUAAGGAUGACAAGAGUCCAUGGCAAGGGAGUUCAUAUCUGCCGUGGGCUGGUCACGUGAUGUAUCUUCCUCCAGCACCUGAUCAGCCAAUGUCAAUGAUUCCUACUGACAGACCAGUGAGGAGCAAAUCGAGUGGAUGCCUCGAAACUGCAGCGAGAGCUGCGCGUGCAGCUUUAGCUGGGGAAAUGAGAGAGAGGGAGCGCUCCGCCUCACCAGGGGUCGCUAGAGCUGUUCCCGCUAGAGUCGAACCUGUUACCCGAACGAACCCGUCACGCAGCAAGCGGUUCACGUUCCAGUCAACAGUACGACAGCUCGAACGGCGACGGCUCGCGGAAAAACUGUCCAAGGAAGCAGAUUUGAAAGAGCAACAAAGGAAAACUGAGCUGGAAGCCAUGAGGAGGGUAGAAGAAGAGUUUCAGCGCAAACGUGCGAGAGAGAAGGCAAAUAUACGCCAACAGUUGCGACUCGUGAGCAGUGGUGCUAGUAGCAUGCCCCCUUCUCACCACAAUACCCGUGACGAGCCAGAUGGCUCCUGCCGAGAUUCACCAGACCGCACGAAAGACAGACAGAAGAACAGCAACGGCUCCGAGAUCAGCGGACGCAGCAAGAGUUCCACACCGAACCGAAGCGUUGAGAUGUCAGAAUGGCGCAAUGACAAUGGCGCACGAGUGUACCGCGAUUGGUGCGGCGCGUUCGCAACUCACGCGCAUCCGCCCGCUUGCGCCCGUAUGCAUAUGGCGACACAGAAUCACGGUGUGGAGGGCUCCACGUUUUCCGGUAGCCCCCGGUCAGACAAUUACCGCCUAGAGUUCGCCCGUGGCGUCCCAUCCCCACGCACACCGCGCCCGCCGCGCCUGCUCACUACCAGAUCACCCUCGUCUUCCAGCUCAGAGAUAUCUUUGAGACAACCCAUCAAAAUAAGUGAACCGAAGGAAGAGCAGCCCAUCGUGCCCAUACUGCGGCCUUCCAGACCCGCAAGGAAUAUUGUUGCAAUUCGCUGA